AUUUAGGGUUUUUGAUUCUGAGUAGCUCAGAAUUGGAAUUCUCUCAGACCCAAAUGCAUCCAAUGGAAAUGUGGUGAACUGAAUUUUCCCUAAGAUUCCCAACAACCAAACCACACUACUACUCCACCCCUGAAAACCCAACCCUUCAUGGCCAUGGCUGGCAGUGACGGCAGAGAAGGAGAAGAAGAGCUGAAACAGUUGGCGGAGCUCAGCAAAUCCCUAAAAGAAGGAGAGAGACUUCUCGCUCCGACUCGAAGACCCGAUGGUACGCUCCGAAAACCUAUCCGAAUUAGGGCUGGCUAUGUUCCUCAAGACGAAGUCGCCAUUUAUCAAUCCAAGGGCGCUUUGUGGAGGAAGGAGAUGGCUUCACAGGAAGGGCCUCCCGGUUAUGAUCCACCUACGGAUGCAAAACCUAAGACCAAGUCUGUUAAGAGGAAUGAAAGAAAGAAAGAGAAGCGACUACAGGCUGCACUUGAUAAGGGUAAGAACUUGGAGCAAAUGGUAGAUGGAGAGGUUAAACAAGAUGGAGUGCUUUCUGCUGAAGAUGUGAACCAUGGAUCAGAAUUUGUCGAGUCAGUGGCAUCUCAGAUGAAUGAGCUAACAGUUACUGAAAAUCCUACUACAGUUACUCCUCCUUCAGAGUCAAUAGAGUGUCUAAAUCCAGGGGGAGCUGCUCCUGAUAUUGAUAAAAGAAUCCGAGCAUUAAAAAAGAAGAUUCGGCUCACAGAAGCCCAACAGCAGAAAGCGUCACAGCAAGAAAUGAAGCCAGAGCAAUUGGACAAGAUGAUGAAACUGGAAGGUUGGCAAAAGGAGCUAAAGCUUUUGGAGGACAAAAAGGCAGAACUGGCAGCAUCAUGAGUUGAGGUUUGUGUUAGGGUGAUGAAAACUGGGUAGCUUCUUAUUCAUGGCUGUUUCAUGAAGAUGUAAACACUACUGCAUUGCCGAAACAGAGGUUUAUUUAUCCAGAUUUUGUUCUCCAGCUAACUAUGGUAAUAUGUGUAUGUGUAGAGGACCAUAUGCAUAUAUAUGGAUCCCAAGUCUUCGCACUCACACCCACCCCAAGUGGUAGGAUUCUGCAUUAGUCUUAUUCGGCUUCAUUACUGUGUUUUUAUGAUCUUUCUUCAACAUCAUCAGCUUCCUGCUUUAAUCCAGUGUUUU